AUGUCGACCAAGAAGAUGGCGGAAGAGGAAGAGGACGGGUUCGACGACGUGGGCGCCGUGGAGCUGGAUCCGCCGAGCGACGCCUAUGCCCGCCCGAAAACACCUGUAAGCCCUUUUAGCAUUUCGUUCUCGGCGCAUAUUGUAACGCAAUUAUGCUGCAAAUGUAGUUUUCUCGGAGGGUUUCCAAAACAAAAUUCGAAAGAGUCGUGUUCGCACAAACUUGAAGACCAUGGGACUUGUUUUUGCGUUACGAGAGAAGGAAAUUAAAGUAACACUGUCUUGUUCUCUUAUUGUUUUGCAUUCCUGCGCUACGUAUGUUGCAUUUUGAUCGUUAAAAAUCCUGUGGUAAAAUUUCUCUAAGGUUUGUCGUAAUCCAGGGGUCAUACUGAGAAUACCGUCUAUAUAAAUACAAUUUUGGACGAAUGCAUGUCCAGAGGCAAGAGCGUGGCAUUCUAAAAGCACAGCUCAUUAGAAGACAUCCUAAUCACCUAAAAAAUCCAAAAAUUCGACAAUUUUUUAUUAUAGUGGCGGACCUGAUCCAGUGGCAAAAAACGUACCAUUUUGCAUCCGGGAAGUAUCAAAAAAUGUGGCAAAAUGCUUCCCUCUCCAAGUGAAAAAACUUCGUUUCACAAAAAGAGAGGGCACGCUUUUGAAAUCGGAAUCUUUUCACUUGGAGAGGGAGGUAUUUUGCCACAUUUUUUGAUGCUUCCCAGAUGCAAAAUGGUACGUAUUUUGCCACUGGAUCAGGUCCACUGCCGUAUCUUAUUAUAUGAAGUUUUUCUUUCAGAAACGGCAGCUAAAACCGCGCGGGCCCUUGCAACGUCCUAUGACAUCGUUGAAGAGCUUCAACGCUCGAGCAUCAACGUCGUCGGCUUCUUCCAGAUCAACCUCCUCAACAAACGAUGGGCGCGUGGGCACAGCGCAGUCCGUCAACAGCACAGUUUCGACAAUUUGUAAGGUUGUUUUGAAACUUUUCAUACGCUAGAUGUUUACUAUGUAAACCGGCCAAACAAUCAUUUUUUAUUUUUUACACAGCAAGUACAAUCUCAAGAUAACUCAAAUUGCUUGCGUGUUACUUUAAUGCGGAGCCUGGUCCGCCAAUUUUAAUUGAUUAAAAGACGAUUUUUGGCUCGCUGCGUCAGCGGUGGACAUAGGAAAAAAUCGAUUUUGGGUUUUUUGCAUAAAAAUGACCGUCGACAUGUGCUAAGGAAAAGCGAACAACAGUUUUUCUCAAUUCUGCCCGGAAGGCAUAAAUUUGCUUAAAUUUGUCUUUUUUGGAAUUUUCGACCUGGUGACGUGAUAGAAAGAGCAAAUCGCCCAAAAUUAUGCUUGUAUACGUUUUCGACCAUUGGGAAUUCAUUUUUUUGAAAAUUAAGUCUCUCAGAUUACUGUAACAUAGGCAUAUUGUAAUCCGGUCGAUAAAAAUCGACCGUAACUCCUUCGUAUCAAAAAUCCCACAGGAUUUUAUUUCAGAUUCGGAAUCAGCAUAAAAUUCUGCAUAUUAUACACAUAAUGUGAGGUCAUAAUUCCAGGGGGGAGAUCGCGUAGUAUAUUGGAUUUUGGCAAAAAUUACGUUUGAAAGGUCGCGGGUUCGAUCCCCGCUUGGUGCAAAUAUUGAAAACACAGCGGAAAUCGCGUUUAAUGGAUACCUCAGGGUUAUGUGAGAUACAAUAAGCAAUUUUAAACAUUAACGCGUAUCUAAUUGCGAUUAAAACUGAUUUUAUAUAAUUUUUGGAGACUGAAUAUGCAAAAAAUGAAACUGCUUCAAACCGCUUGAAAUUGGCAACACUUAUUCUAGGGUCAAUUAUAAGAAACUUUUGUGUUAACUUUUUUCGGUAGAUCACCGUACCAUGGAUUAUUGUAACAUUAAACAUGAUUUGGUUUUUCGUGUACCACAUGGCGCAGAAAAGUCGGACUGUCGUCAUUGUGCUCAGAAUGGUUAAGAAAGAGUUUUCUUGUGUACAAAAAAAAUUUUAUGGCUGUACCGUUUGGAACGGCCGAAUUAUUUGACGCACUUUCACCAUUUGAUUAUGACAUCAAGACGCGUUACAAUUAAGGGCGAAUUUUCUUUCAGAUAUUGAAAGUGGAUCUUUUCGCUGUCUAAAGCGACUAAUUAAAACGAUUUAUUAUUUUAUGCAAGAAUUUUGAAGAAAAUUGCUGUUAAUCAGGACACGUUUAAUGCUACAGUAAUCCAUAGUACGGUGAUCUACCGAAAAAGUUAACACAAAAGUUUCUUACAAUUGACCCUAGUAUAAGUGUUGCCAAUUUCAAGCGGUUUGAAGCAGUUUCAUUUUUUGCAUAUUCAGUCUCCAAAAAUUAUAUAAAAUCAGUUUUAAUCGCAAUUAGAUAUGCAUUAAUGUUUAAAAUUGCUUAUUGUAUCUCACAUAACCCUGAGGUAUCCAUUAAACGCGAUUUCCGCUGUGUUUUCAAUAUUUGCACCAAGCGGGGAUCGAACCCGCGACCUUUCAAACGUAAUUUUUGCCAAAAUCCAAUAUACUACGCGAUCUCCCCCCUGGAAUUAUGACCUCACAUUAUGUGUAUAAUAUGCAGAAUUUUAUGCUGAUUCCGAAUCUGAAAUAAAAUCCUGUGGGAUUUUUGAUACGAAGGAGUUACGGUCGAUUUUUAUCGACCGGAUUACAAUAUGCCUAUGUUACAGUAAUCUGAGAGACUUAAUUUUCAAAAAAAUGAAUUCCCAAUGGUCGAAAACGUAUACAAGCAAAAUUUUGGGUGAUUUGCUCUUUCUAUGACGUCACCAGGUCGAAAAUUCCAAAAAAGACAAAUUUAAGCAAAUUUAUGCCUUCCGGGCAGAAUUGAGAAAAACUGUUGUUCGCUUUUCCUUAGCACAUGUCGACGAUCAUUUUUAUGGAAGAAACUCAAAACCGAUUUUUUCCUAUGUCCCGGGUCCAUUACGGGCUGACGCAGCGAGCCAAAAAUCGUCUUUUAAUUUGUUACAGCAUCGGGCUCCGAUGACUACUCAAUUUCGUUGCCGUCAACAAAGUCGCCGUUGGUCAUCAAAAGUCAGAAAUCAAACCCGAACAUGUCAAUCACAGCACGAGGUCGGCACAUGUCGCAAGACGACGGCAGGCUCUCUAGACAGUCAGCGAUGACAUCUUAUAGUACCAGCACUCUGGACGUCUCCAAUAUCCAGCUGACUCUGCGAAAAGUCGACAGCAAAGGGAGCUUAAUCAGCACGACCUCGGGCCUUUCGAGUAAUGCGGAAGGAACGGCCGAGAAAACGAAUGGAAACGGGAACAUGCAAACGUUAAUGGUCAAUGGAGAUGAGGAGAGGAAAAUGAGCUUACGUAGGUUGAUUUGAACAUGCAGUAAAUUUAUGCGGACAAGAUUUAUAAGCAUGUUUAAUCCAUAAAACAUUUCAGAUGACACCACUGAAGAAGAGGUUUUGGCAGUGCGACUUCGAUCGCUGAAAACCAGUGUUCUUCCACGGCCGGAGGGACAGGUGACGGUGAUUCAAACUCAGAAUCCGUCAACGGUAAGAAAAAUGAAGAGGGAAUCGACUACUAGUUUUUUAAGUCGCUGGAAUGAUUUCGGCGACAUGCACUAUCAGAAAAACAUAAGUUUACAGUGACGGACCCGAUCCAGUGGCAAAAAUAAAACCGUUUUGCUUUUUUGCAUGUAUUUUUGUAUAUCCGGGCAGCACCAAAAAUGUGGCAAAAUGCUUCCCUCUCCAACUGAAAAAACUUCAUUUCUCACAAAAAGAGGGGGCGUGUUUUUGAAAUCGGAGUUUUUUCACUUGGAGAAGGAAGUAUUUUGCCACACUUUUGGUACUUCCCGGAUGCAAAAUGGUAUGUUUUUUGCCACUGGAUCAGGUCACCCACUGCACUUUUCUCUGUGAAAUUUUCGGUUUUUUCACAGUUCAUGUCCCCGAAAUCACACCAUCGAUUUUGCCAACAUCUUGAUAUGCACCAUUACCCAAAAAUUAUCAACUUUUUUUCCAGUCCACCCAACCGUCCAACGAAGAGAACCGCUGGAAGUCGGCUUCGAAAGAGGAGACCGAGUACAGCGCACCCGCCCGUCCAGUCAGCCAAUACUUGGGCGAGCUGGUGUGGCAGGUCGACAAGAUCGUCUACUGCGGAGGAGUGAAGGCCGUGCAAAACCUCAACCUUCUCUGUCGCCUCAACAUCGAAUACAUUGUCGAUCUGACCGGCGACGACGAGGAGCAAUUGGCUAGGUAUUCGAGGUACGUCCGCACGAGAUUUAUUAUCAUUUUCUGCUUUUAGGCCGCGACAAGACUACCCCUGUUUGUGUUCAAGAAAGACGGCACACAGCCGGAUGACCAUGACAAUCAAUAUUAAGGAUGACUCGCCGCCAAACUCGACACGACGGAUAAAUGAUGAUGAUGACAGCACGGUAAGCUAAUGCUGAGUACAGUGAGAGAUCUGAUCCAGUGGCAAACAACGUAUCAUUUGCAUCCGGGAAGUAUAAAAAAUGUGGCAAAAUGCCUCCCUCUCCGACUAAAAGAAUGCCGUUUUGAACUGCUCGCCUUUUUCCUUCACAAAAAGAGUGGACGCGCUUUUCAAAUCGGAGUUUCUUCACUUGUAGAGGGAAGUAUUUUGCUGAAUUUUUGAUACUUCCCUGAUGAAAAAUGGUACGUUUUUGGCCGAUUGAUCGGGUCUGCCACUGUAAGCGAGAGACGUCUGAAGCGAAUUUUUGGACCGCAAAGUUUACCCGCUAUACGGGUCUGUCGAGAAAAUAUUGCUUCAGCGACGCGAUUUGGCGCACCAGCAUUGCGCUCAUUACUUUCCCGACAGGCCGCUAGACGGGUUUCGCUGUAAUGGCGUUAAUUUUGGCUUUUAAGCCAAGAGUUUUUAAAAACUAACAUUUGUGACCUCUGUAUAAACCAAAUAUGUCCAUAAAAAUAUACGAAUUUUCAGAGCGCCGAAAUCAUCACAUACUUCGAAGACUUGAUGCAUGUUAUUCGUAAAGCCAGAAUUAGCAAUAAGAAAGUUGAAAGUUUUGACUAUUAUAGUUGGGGACCUGAUCCAGUGGCAAAAAACGUACCACUUUGUAUUCAGUCACGGUUAAACAUUGUAUCAAAAAAAUGUGGCAAAAUACCUCCCUCUCCAAGUGAAAAAAAACUCCGAUUUUAAAAGCGUGUCCACUCUUUUUGUAAGGAAAAAGGGCGCGCCCUUCAAAACGAAGUUUUUUCACUUGGAGAGGGAAGCAUUUUGCCACAUUUUUGAUACUUCCCGGACGCAAAAUGGUACGUUUUUUGCCACUGGAUCAGGUCCCCCACCGUAUCUAGAUUUCUCUUUUAUCUGUCUAGUUGAGUAGUAAUCCACUAAUUUCAGAGGAGUUCUGAUUCAUUCCAUAAAAGGUCGAAACCGCGCGCCGGCUUUCGCUGCCGCCUAUCUGAUGAACAUUCAGAGGUGUACAAGGGUUCAGGCGCUCAGCCAGGUCGCUGAAUUGGUAAGGCAAAAGACACUUAUUAUAGUUGCUUUUUCGCGGGGCAUUUCAAAAUUCCCUUCUUUUCAGAUGUCCAAAACCCGGCCGGGAAUGGACGUCUCAAGUACGUUGCACAGGGCGCUGAUGCGAUGGCAAAGCAUGCUCGGAAUACGGUCCAAUGAAAACGUGUUGACUCAACAAACGGCGGAUAUGUUUAGCAUUAAACGGAAAACUGCUUGGAAUUAG